CAACCCUAAAUACAUUUGUUGACCUCUCUGCACAUGUGUUAGCCAGUUAGCAGUGAUAUCUGCCAUACACAUAUAGAAACAUAUCCAGCAGCGUGCAUUGUGACAACUUCGUUAAACAUUCUAUCCAGGAAAUCAUGGACAGAAAGAGAAUUCUAACUGAGAGAGAACUUCUAGAAGAACUAGAGAAAGGCCUUUCUGACAUAGAAGGCCUUGAUAGUGAGGAUAGUGAUGAAGAUAUUAUGAUAUCAAGAAAAAUUGGAGAUCCCUCGCCAAAUGACAUAGAGGAGGACACUGAGGAAAAUUUCGAACAACCAGACGAAGAGCAGGACUCCAUUGAAAAAAGAAAGAUAGAUAAUGAACAACCAAUGACGAGUGCCCAAAAUAUAUUUACAUCCCUGAAGUUUGAAAUAGAAUGGAUGCAAGGCGUCAAGUUCCAAACAAGAAGUAUGUUUUUGAAUGAUCAAUCAGUGCAAAAUAUAUCACUAGAAAAUGAAAUUUCUCCAAUAGAAUACUUUAUGAAAUAUUUCUCAGAAAACUUAUUCGAGAAAAUGGUAGAAUGUACCAAUAUUUAUGCACUUCAAAACAACGACAUGCAUUUUACACCCACCAAUAUAAAAGAGUUGAAAGCUUUCUUUGGAUUGCACAUAAUCACUGGCUGUUUGAAGUUUCCACGACUGAGUAUGUACUGGAAUAAAUCAUUGAAAGUUCAGAUAUUCCACGAGACAAUGUCUAUAAAUAGAUUUUAUAAACUUAGAACCACUCUGCAUUGCGUCAACAAUUUGGAUGACCAAAAUCAAAAUGAUAAGCUGUGGAAAGUGAGACCAAUCUUCGACUCAGUACUCAAAAGAUGCAAGGAGCUAGAUGUCGAAACAAAUGUUUGUGUAGACGAGCAGAUGGUCCCAUUCAAAGGCCACUCAAAUAUAAAACAGUAUAUAAAAAAUAAGCCACAUCCUUGGGCUUCAAAUUAUUUCUACUAUGUGGUGCGAGUGGUCUAACGUACAAUUGCAUUAUAUAUCAAGGAAAUACAACGGAAAUCAAUCCACAGUUAUCAAAAAAAUUUGGGCAAAGUGCUGCGAUAGUAUUACAACUGUCAGAUAUUUUAGCACCACGAAAGCAUAAAUUAUUUUGUGAUAACUAUUUCACGUCUUACAAUUUGAUCGAAGUUUUGAACCAGAAGUCAAUUUUCGUGACGGGUACUGUCAGACUGAAUAGAUUUUUCAAGCCUCCUCUCACAAACGACAAAGAUUUUCGUAAAAAACAGAGAGGAAUUUCUGAAGAAGUUAUUUCAAACGGCGGAGUUGUUUUGGUCAAUUGGCUGGAUAAUAAACCAGUGGCAUUGGCGUCAAACUAUGUUGGAAUAGGAGACCAGGAUAAUGUGAAACGCUGGAAUAAAA